GCCGGGGUUUGGAUCGACCAGGCUGACGGAGACGAAGAUCACCGAGUUCCAACAAGAAUACUGAAAUAUAACAAAUAAUAAUAACAAUCGCAGACAAUAACAAUAAUUCUAACUGCGAGGACAAUAAUCAACAACCAAGACGUGCGAGAUAAUUUCUUUCAACUGCUCAGCUGCGGCCAGGCAGCUUGUUGCUGACUGCCCACGUCUUCUCCCCAAGAGGCCAGGAUGACAACAUUGGAGGAGUCUGAUUGAAGACCCGAUAGCGCGCUCCCGACCGGAGCGGUGGGUGCAGGCACUGCAGUGGAAUGGGAGAAAAGGGGGUGUGGGGAUGGGGUUGUGCGCAGGCUAACCGGAGCCGGCUAGCGAUCUGGGCCGUCGUUUUACUCGUGCCACCACCAGCCUUCUGUCCACAAUAAGUCUACUGCCUAUCUGGGCAUAGAUGAGCAUCCGGCUGGGCGCCGGCCUGGCGACCCUGGGCCUGGGAUCGGGCCUGAUUGGCGGGCAGCGCUGUUUGACUUUGCCAGGCAUUGUCCGUGCUCCUGCUCGUCUUCCCUCUUCAAUUUUCAGACGUGCUCAUCUCGCAGGAAAAAGAAAGCAUGGAUCGAACUCUCGUCUUUGGAUGAAAUUGUCCGGACAGAGUUUCGAACCUCGCGACGCCGCCGUGCUCUUCCAAAUCAUCUCACUGUCCUUUGUCGCGGGCGAUUCCUGAGAAAAGGCGCAACCAUCGACUCGUAAACAAAGCAUUGCUUCUGUGCCGAACCCGAUCUUUGAUAAAGCAAACAAUCCCACCAGUCUCAUUAUUUGGCAACUUCGCACUUCGCAGGCUUUUCAGGCUCGCGACUGCAGCAGAAGACAGACUCCUUCCAGGACCGGUCUUUAUCUCC